CAUUCAAUUGGUUUCCGUAACUGGUUCUAUAAUCGAAUCGUUUAUUUUUUCGGUGACAUAACAUAAAAGAAUAAAUAACAGAAUGGAUUUUGGAAAAAUAUUGUUUUUCGUGUUCGCUUGCUUUCUGGCUGUAUCCAUGGUGGCGGGUGCACCAGAACCCAGAUGGAAAGGAUGGAAAAAGAUUGAGAAAGCUGGGCAGCGCAUCCGCGACGCAAUCAUAAAGGCAGGCCCAGCUGUGGCGGUUGUGGGCCAAACGCAAGGGAUCGUGAAGGGACGUUGAAUUUUACCUAGCUUUUGGGACAAAUGAUGCAAUAUUUAUUAUAAGUUUUGUUAAAAAAAUUAUAUAAGUAUUUAGAUUUUUACAUACACCAUUUGACUAUGAAAAUUUUAUAAAAUAUUACAGAUUAAUAAGUUUGUGGUCUAUCAUUUCAUACAAUAUACGUAAUUUAUACUAAU